AUGCCGUCGUGCUGGGCUGUGUUGGGCUCAGUGCUCGUCGCAAUCCAGCCCAUCGCCGCAUCGCACGUUCCCGAAUCGCCAAAUAACGUCGAGCAAACGAAUGCUGCCGUUGCCUCGAAUUAUCUUCUCGGCGUUUCCCCGAGAAUUACAGACGCGCCCUUCCCAGACCCGCGUAGUCUGGCUGGCCGCGCCGAUGCCUUUGACAGGAACACAGACACUUGUGGAUUUUACUCGGAUGGCUUCCCUCUACGGUGCUUUGCAACGACGGCGACGUGCGGCUACGGGUCCAAGUUUGCAGCCUGCUGCGCGCAAGGCACCACCUGCAGCACCUUUUUCACAGGCUGCUACGGAUUCACCGAUGCCUUGAACGGAAGCUGCUCCUCGGCAAAGCUCAAGACGGAGCCUCAGAUGGCCUGCUGCUAUGAUCGCUCUACGCCCAACUGUGUGCUCCAUACUCUUGUAGUAUCUUCAACCUCGCUUGGAGUCUGGGGUUGUGCGACGACGUUGACGGGUGAGACCAUCUACACGACGAACCCCUUUCUCAAAACAACUUCCGACAGCACCUCGUCGUCUAGAACGAGGAGCUCUUCGACCCCCCAGUCCACGAGCACAUCUACAACGACGACGACAUCUGCAUCGGGAAGCAGCACUAGCAGCAGCGCUGCAGACAAGAACAGCGGCAUCGGCGGUGAGAAGAAGAGCAACACGGGCGCCAUUGUCGGUGGUGUUGUCGGUGGCGUCGGCGCCCUUGCCAUCAUCGGAGCUGCCAUCUUCUUCUUCAUGCGCAGCCGCAAGAAGAAGUCUGUCGACAACAGCCCGAAUGCAGCCGCCGCUGCCCAGCCCAUGCUUCACCAUCCUCAGCAGAGCCCGCCUCCGCCGGGCCAGGGCUCGCCGUUUGGCUACCACCAUCCCCAGGGAGGAUCCCCCGCGUACGACCCAAACAUGGCCUAUCAGCACUACCAGGGCGGCGGCUCUCCGCAACCCUACCCGCCGCCCUCGCAAAGUCCAUAUGACCCGCGCCAAUCGGGCUAUGCGGGCUGGGGACAGCAGCCUUCGCCCGGCGCCAUGGGUUCUACCAGCCCAAGCCACACAGCCUCGGGGCCGCACCAUGGUCCGGCAGUUGAGCUCUCGGAUUCAAGAGCCACUGGUACAGGCGGGAACCGAGCAGAGUUGGGUUAA